GAGCAGGACAGAAUCUCGUUGUCGUCCGGACGUUAACUUCUCUGUGUCCAGGGUCAACAACACAUACUCUACACAGAAACGUCACCAUGGCUGACCCCUACCAAAACAACACGUACCAACAACAAGGGGGCGACAGCUACGGCACGUAUGGAGAGGGAGGAGGAGGCCACGAUGGGUACGGUUACCAUGGAGACGACCUGCCACAGGAAGAGGACGCAGCGAGCGAUGUGACCGAAGGACAUGACGAAGACGACCAAAUGUACGAAGGAGAAUAUCAAGGGAUUCCACAUCCGGACGAGGUGAAGGCGGCGCAGAGAGCCACGGGUGAACGCAGUGGUGCAGCGGGCGGAGACGCUGCCUCUGAACUGGAGGAGUUAUCUGAGCAGUACGAGAACAUCAUGGACGACUGCGGCCACGGGAGCUUCCAGUGGAGGCUGUUCGUGGUUCUGGGUCUGGCGCUGAUGGCGGACGGCGUUGAAUGUUUUGUGGUUGCGUUCGCUCUUCCGUCCGCAGAGAAGGACCUGUGUCUGUCCAACGCACAGAAAGGAAUGCUGGGUCUCAGCGUCUUCCUCAGCAUGAUGGUGGGGGCCUUCCUGUGGGGAGGACUGGCGGACAAAGUCGGCCGUCGGCGCUGUCUGAUGGUGGCGUUGGCCAUAAACUGCAUCUUCUCCUUCCUGUCGUCGUUGGCGCAGGGCUACGGCUGCUUCCUGUUCUUCAGGCUGCUGUCUGGUGUCGGGGUCGGUGGCACGGUGCCGAUCGUGUACUCGUACUUCUCCGAGUUUCUUCAGAUGGACAAGAGAGGAGAACAUCUGUCCUGGCUGUGUAUGUUCUGGAUGAUCGGUGGCGUCUACGCUUCGUUCACCGCCUGGGGAAUCAUACCCAGAUACGGCUGGGGUUUCAGUAUGGGCACAGAGUUCCAGUUCCACAGCUGGCGAGUGUUUGUCCUGGUCGCGGCUCUUCCUGCCGUCUCCUCGCUGGUCGGACUCACCUUCAUGCCUGAAAGCCCUCGCUUCCUCCUGGAGAAUGCCAAACACGAUGAGGCGUGGAUGAUCCUGAAGCAGGUCCACGACACUAACUGGAGAGCUAAAGGAAAGCCAGAGAAAGUGUUUACUCUGACUCACAUCAAGGUUCCAAAGACAGCGGAGGACGAAUUCAUCGAGAUUCAGGCGGCGACGGGAACGUCCGUGCAGCGAUGGGCUCUUCGCUCUCUCACCCUCUGCAGACUGGUGUUGAAGAACGUGGCGUCUCUCCUGUCCAAAGACCUCCGUCUGUCCACGCUCCUCAUGGCCGUCAUCUGGUUCUGCAUGGCCUUCAGUUAUUAUGGUCUGUCCGUAUGGUUUCCUGACAUGAUCAAACACCUGCAGUAUGAGGAGUACAAGUCCAAAGUCAAGGUUUUACACAAAGAAAGAGUGGAAAAUUUUUAUUUUAACUUUUCUUUGGAGAACCAGAUUCACAAAGAAGGAGAAUACAUCAAUGACAGGUUCAUCAGUAUAAAGAUGAAGUCAGUCCGGUUUGAGGACUCGUUGUUUGAAGACUGUCUCUUUGAGGACAUCAGGUCCACAGACACGGUGUUUGACAACUGCACCAUCCGCUCCACACUUUUUUACAACACAGACCUGUGGGAGGAGAAGUUCCUCCACUGUAAGAUGGAAAACGUCACAUUUGACCAAAGCAAACAGGGCUGCCACCUGCAGAGUGAGGAGGAGAACGACGUCCUUGUUUACCUCGUCAGUUUCCUGGGCAGCGUGGCCGUGUUGCCAGGCAACAUCAUCUCUGCGCUCUUCAUGGAGAAGGUCGGCAGAGUCAGGAUCAUAGGUGGCUCCAUGCUGUUUUCAGGAGGCUGCACCUUCCUCCUGUUUCUGAGCUUCAGCCAAUCAGCGCUCAUCGCCCUGCAGUGUCUGUUCUGUGGCGUCAGCGCCGCGGCGUGGAACGGCAUCGAGGUGGUGACGGUGGAGCUGUACCCCGCUUCCAAGAGGGCUACGGCGUUCGGCGUGCUGAAUGCGCUGUGUAAAAUGGCCGCCGUCCUCGGCAGCUCCAUCUUUGCCAGUUUUGUGGGCGUGGCCACAGCCGUCCCCAUCCUGCUGGCCUUCGCCGCGCUGAUGUGCGGCGGCCUGCUCGCACUCAAGCUCCCCGACACGCGGGAGAAAAUCCUCCAGUGAUGUCACACGGAAAACUUUUUUUUUUACAUUUAAUCAUUAAUUUUGAAUAAAUAUUG